UUUGUUUACAUGUUAAGAUGGAGGGGGUGUGGGCGUAGAUUCUGGGGAGGAUUGGCAAAAAUUCAUGGAUUAGUUGUGUUUCGGUGGUUGAAAGCGUAACUAGAUGGGAACGCAAUUUUUGGCGUUCCACAUUUGACCUCAUAAAGAGUUUGCCGCUUGAAUCGCCGUCGAAGCGUCUGACUGCCAACUCAAACUGGACUGGAGUCAGCUUGGGAGUCAGGCCCGAGAAACGAGAAUGCUGAGGUUCAAAAAUAUAUUUCCUCACAAAUUACCAGCUGUGAUUGGUAUGGUUCAUGUUCAGGCUCUUCCUGGUACUCCGUUGAAUAAGCAUCCAGUGGAGAAACUUGUUGAAGCUGCCUGUGCUGAGGCAGAAACAUACUCCAAAUGUAAUGUGGACGCUGUGCUGGUUGAGAAUAUGCACGACCUGCCAUACUGCACAGGUUCACAACUCGGCCCAGAGGUGACUGCCUGUAUGACACGCGUGGCCUCCGAGGUGCGGCGUGUAAUACCAGCCUCCAGGCCCGUUGGUGUACAGGUUCUGGCGGCGGGGAACCACCAGGCACUGGCGGUAGCCGCCGCAGCAGGACUGCAGUUCAUCCGCGCCGAGUGCUUCGUCUACUCGCACGUGGCUGACGAGGGGUGGCUGGACGCGAGCGCCGGGCCGCUGCUGCGCUACCGACGCCACAUCGGCGCCGACGACGUCUCCGUCUGGUGUGACGUGAAGAAAAAGCACAGCUCUCACGCGGUGACUGCCGACCUAUCUGUGGGUGAGGUGGCCCGUGGCGCCCAGUUCUUCCUGUCGGACGGCGUCAUCGUGACGGGAGGUAGCACUGGCGAGCCGGCCAACCCGGCUCACAUCGCAGAGGUGCAGUCGUCCUGCGAUCUUCCGGUUCUGGUCGGUUCCGGUGUCACGGCCGAUAACGUGGCUUCGUUCGCCGCGGCACACGGUCUCAUCGUGGGCUCCGAGUUUAAAGAGGGCGGCAGGUGGGACGCCGAGCUCUCUGAAGAACGCAUCAGACGCUUCAUGGACGCAGUGAGCGCCGUCAGAGAGCGCUGAGCUGACCUGACCUUGGGGAAAACACUACCUUAACAGUGCCGUCAGUAUGCCGCUGGACCGCCAUGACGUGAUGGCGCUGCUCGCGCAGCUGGCAGAGGAAGAAGAGAUGCGAGUCACCGUGAAGGGCUCGGCUCAGGGUGCGCUGCUCGCCGGUGCUGGAGCAUUCUUCGGUGGCCUGCUGAUGGGGCCGGUGGGUUUACUGAUUG